GAUUGUUUUCACCUAGCGGAGGGGGCUGUCACAAGUAUUUGUCAGGAUUUACCCUCUGCUCUUUCAGUUGUUGUAUCACCGUCUGCAUUUCUCAGCCACUGGAUACAGACCCCUGAAUAUUGAAAAUGGAUCAACAUGCUGAUCCUCCGACGAGAGAGAUGUCAGAUAACAACACAGAUAACAACACCACAGCUGAAUCAACAGAUCCUCCUCAGAGGUUCACAAGAAAAGAGAUUCUCACCUUAAUAUCAGUGGCGUCUGUCAACUUUGGCUCUAUGAUUUGCUACUCAAUAUUGGGCCCAUUUUUUCCCACUGAGGCAGUGAAGAAAGGAGCCAGUCAGACUGUAGUUGGUCUCAUAUUUGGGUGUUAUGCUGUCUCCAAUUUAAUUAGUUCAUUGAUAUUGGGAAAAUAUAUUGUCCAGAUUGGUGCUAAGUUCAUGCUUGUUGCAGGACUUUUUGUAUCAUCGUGCUGCACUAUUAUAUUUGGAUUUCUUGAUCGGGCUCCUGCAGGACCUAUAUUCAUCAGUCUGUGCUUUGUUGUGAGGUCGCUUGAUGCUGUCGGCUUUGGCGCUGCUACAAUGUCUGCUUUCGCAAUCACAGCACAAAUAUUCCCAAACAAUGUGGCAACUGUUUUGGGUAUUUUGGAGAUUUUUGCAGGACUCGGCCUUAUCCUGGGACCACCACUGGGAGGGUGGCUCUACCAGACUUUUGGAUACAAUGUCCCUUUUUUGUUUCUUGGAUGCUUGAUGUUGAUUAUGGUUCCUUUAAACAUUUACGUCCUGCCAUCCAUUGAGGCAGUCCCAUCAAAGGAUUCAUUCUUUCGACUACUCACCCACGUGAAAACAAUCCUGGUUUGCUACGUGGUAUUCACUCUCAGUGCAGGUGUGGGCUUUUUGGAUGCCACUUUGUCACUGUUUGCUAUUAACAGGUUUGGUCUCUCAAAUGGCUACGUGGGACUAAUAAUGCUUGGUUUGCCUUUAGUGUAUAUUCUGGCAUCACCGCUGAUGGGGUAUUUCACAGAUAAAUAUCCUGCCACUAGGAUCGCUUUCUUGGUGACAGGCGGCAUCGCUGCUACAAUUGGCUUCUGUCUGCUUGGUCCCGCCCCUUUUCUUCACAUCCAGAGUCAGCUGUGGUUGCUGGUCGUCAUGCUUGGUCUAAUUGGGUUUUCUCUGGCAAUGAGUGUAAUCCCCAUAUUCCCUGAGCUCAUUUCAUGUGCAUAUGAAAUAGGAUUUGAAGAGGGGCUAAGUACACUGGGAAUGGUGUCUGGGUUAUAUGAAGCAGUGUGGUGCACUGGGACGUUUUAUGGCCCCAUUGUGGGAGGAAUUAUUGUUCAACAUCUCAGCUUUGAAUGGGCUGCUGUAGUCCAAGGAGGGUUGACAUUUUUGGGUGCAUUUCUCAUGCUUCUUUAUUCUCUCUGUCAACGGACAAAACGACAAAGGGUCCAAGAAAACAGUCAACAAGCAGAUGAAAGAACCCCUCUCUUAUGAUCCUGUGUUCCAGCUCCAAGUUACACAACUUUUUAAACAUCUUAUCAGUCAUUAUUU